UUUGCUUUGUUUUGACAGUUAGAUCUACGGUAGGCAAAUCUAUGCUUCAAGUAAGUUCAGCAAUCUGGACCCUGCACAGGCGUCGGAGCCACAACACGCAUGCAUCGUGUGGAUUCCAGAGUACAGUAAAAACAAAACCGGAUUAUGAAUGAGUCCCAAAUCACUUCCCUCUAUAGCUAUUCUGCUUCGAAUCGUUGCCAAUGGCCAGCUCUUUGGGCCAGCGGGGCCAGGUCUCCGCCCAGAACCUAGUCCCGUCCAAGUAUUUGCUACGUGGCGUGGACCAGGCCGAGCAAGUCUUAGGACGAGGUGCGUACGGAGUGGUGUUUUCAGGGGAUUGGCGUGGCACUCCUGUAGCGAUAAAACGACACCACCCUAUGCUCGUCCUCGAUGAACAUGAACAGUUCUCGACAUUCUAUCGACAGUUUCUGCAAGAGUUUCCGAUGUUGAAGGAGUUGCCGCAUCCGAACAUUGUUCAGGUAUUUGGCAUGGUGGCAGCGACUGGACCUCAUGACACACCUGGAUUGGUCAUGGAGUGUCUUUCGCAGACGUUGCGAAAACGUUGCAGCGUUCAGCCAGCGUUAUCUCUGUUGGAAAAAUGCAGCAUCGCUCUAGGUAUAUCGUCUGCCUUGGAGUAUCUGCAUAGUCGCAGUAUCAUCCACAGGGAUCUGACGACCAACAACAUAAUGCUGUGUGAGGUGGUUGAAGCUGGGGAUGUACAGCUGAAGGCAAAGAUUACAGACGUUGGUGGAGCUGCAGAGCUGGAUGACAGCACACAGGCGCAGAUGAUGACAAUGAACCCUGGAGCCCAGACGUACAUGGCACCAGAGACCCAGCGUGUAUCCAAUGAGCCAGGCCGAACGCAGUACGGUACUCCUGCCGAUUGUUACGCGUUUGGUGUGUGCUUGCUGGCCAUGUGUGUAGGCAGGGAGCCUCCCAACAUUGUCACACUGGCACGCGAAGGAAGAACGAGAGAUCUCCAAGCUCUUGGCUCUGACCAUCUGCUUCAUGACAUGAUCAGCAGGUGUUUGAAAGUGGAUCCUGCUCAUCGUCCGAACGCGACCGCCAUUUGUGCCGGUAUCGGAGCUGUGACUGAGAUUCUACGAAGGCAGCAGCAGCAGCCGACAGCUAGCAGUUCCACAGCUGCAGAUACGCAGGUGGACGCGAGUGAGCCGUCUCCCGACCAAGCCGAGAAGGCACGUCUGCGUCAGGAGCUGCAGGAGCUGCAGGAGCAGCUGCGUAGCGCUGAACACCAGCUGGACACGGCUCAGCAAGCUAUUCAGGACCGGACGGCCGUGUUGGCGGAGAGAGAUCAACUGCUGCAUACCAUUCAAGAGCAGCUGACCGCGGCUCAGCACGCUAUACAGGAUCGGACGGCCCUGCUUGCGGAAAGGGACGAACUGCUGAUGGAGCGAGAUGCAGCAGCUAUACAGCUCAGCGCUAGUGCCGAAUCAGCAGACGCGCACAGGGCGAGAGAAUCGCUGAUGCAUAUUGCAUCCCUGGAAGGAGAGGCUGGCUCGCUGGCUCGUUAUUCACUUCUUCUUGGUCCACCGCCGUUGCCAACAGCUGGAACCUGUCCAAAAGCCACGUGGAAGACUGUCGGGAAACUUCCAAUUCCAAAAGGUGAGCAGCCACGGGUGUAUUCCACUGCAUGUGUUGAUGGGAAGGUCAGUGUUGUUCUGACGGCUGUAAGCAACAUCUACAAAUGUAGGAUUGUUGGCGCUGACGCAAACAACCUUGCGGAAACCGCCUGGUUCGAUAUAUACCUACCGGAAAAUGUCCGUGGCGAUCCCGGCGAAUCGAUAGUGUACUCCCUUAGGCCGCAUAGUGGUAGCCUGUACUGCCUGGCAUUCCACUCAGUCAGGCCAGCCAUUCUUUACAAGCGCUUGCAAAAUGAUCAGUGGCGGGAAGUGGCUCGACUACCGGAGUUUCGCACUGUAUUUUGUAUCACUUUCUUUGACACCCAAGUCAUAGUCGCUGGAGGUUCUACUUCUACGGACACCAGCGUCUUUGUUCCUGCUCAAUCGCAUGUCAUUUCCUUCGAUCUGACUGAGGGGAACACAGAGUGGGUUGCUUGGCCGAACCUACCUGCAUCUGCCGGCAUGCUGCCUUCCCUGCGAGCUAUCGUGUAUGAUGGCUACCUGCAUGUGUUUACAUGUGCUCUUAACCAGCCAGCUGCUACACACGUAGUCUUCUCAAUGCCGGUUACACAGCCUGUGAGAUCACGUCCCUGGUCCAGCACUGUACUGCCUCAUCCACCGCUCAGGCAGUUCUGUCUACAAAUUUUCAACGGCUGUUUGAUUUGCUCUAAACUUGAAUGUGGCACUGGUUCAAGUCAGGGAGAAACGAUCUUCAUGCUGUCACCAGUUUGUCGCCAGUGGCUUCCACUCCUGAACACCGACCUUGUCAACGGCCGUCCUUGUGAUGUUGAUGGCCGUUUGGUAGUCUGUACGCCAAGUAAAAUCAAGCAGCUCUGCUGGGAGUCAGUACCCACAAGUCAACCAAGAGGGUUGUUGGAGUCUUUGUUGGAGUCUGUUUUUCGACUGUAACGGAGGUUCCAAUCUGCCUUUGUGCCUUUCUUUGCAACACAAGGACUCUCUCCACCAGAAGUAAACGCUUAGAUUUUUUCCUUAAAAAGAGAUCACUGCAGGUAUCCUCUCUGCUUUUCAGAUUUGUAUAGUUUGGUACUCCUAGUUUAGAACUGUGUGCUUCUCCCAGCCAACUUGAGUUGAUUCGUGGUGGACUUUUUGUAUACUAAAUCGGACUCUUUGUCUUUAGUAUUGCGUACCGGAAGAUCUCAUAAGUACCCAAAUUCACUGGCCGUCCCGCAGUCGGUUUCUCUUCACAUUGAUCUGUAUUCAUUUUGUAUCGACUGAAGCAUUAUAGUCGAACUCUUCUCUUUUCCUGCACAAGCCCCCCCCCCCCCUCCCAAUCAAUGUUCGCUUUUUCUUGAUUCCAUGCCCAGAGUUCCAUUUUUGCGGCAACAUUUGCCGCCCGUGAUUUUUAAGCCGCCGAGUGCUUUAGGUAAUUAUAGUAUUAUGACCCCGUAGUACCGUCGGGUCUAUGGAACCUUACUUGUUGCUCAUUGGACUCUGCAAAUGACUGUAUAUUGUGCAUAGUGACCCCUCGAACUGCUCGCAAUAGCAUUACAUGUACGUGACAUAGCACACACAUUCAGUUUCUCUAGUAUAACAACUUCACUUUAUUCUUGAUUAUUAUAUUCUUAUAAUAUUCAUAUACAUGUAUGGACUGGUCUACAUGUAUUUGCCCCGCAGGAUUGCAUGGCUACUUUGAUCGUGAUGGUGUCAUGCUUUUCCAAUCAGUGGAUCUAAAACUUCAACUUGCAUGAGUACAGGACAUGUAA